ACCCGGAUCCACGUUUCCUGCAUUCCCUCCCUCGGUCGGUUGGUGUGUCCACGGCGGACGGACGCCCGCCGGUCGAGGGGACGGUCGGAUGGCUGGGCGGCGUCUGGAAACGGGGUGAAUCGAGGCAGGUGCUUGGAGGACAGCUCGGUGCGAUCGGGGUCUCGCUCCCUCCGGCAUCCCCUCCCCCCAUGGGUCCCCUGGUGAGCGCGGCCCUGGUUCUGACGCUGCUCGUCCCGGCGCUUCUACUGACCCAGGAGCCCCGGGAUCUUCCAACCAUGGAACGCGUUCCCAGCCUGAGCGUCAGGUUCGACCCCUGGAGAAUGAACUUGACCUGGGACUGCGGCGAAAACACCACCUCCGUCCAGUGCGGGAUGACGACCCGGAGAAAGGGACCGGUUACCAUGAGGCUCAAAGAGAACCAAUGCCAUUGCACCUUCCCACGCGCUGUGCUCCGCGGCGGCGCCAACUUCACGGUGACCGCGACUAUCGGCCCGAGGCAGGUGACGGAACGGCUGUCUUACUCCAACCCAGGUGGGCAGGGCACAGCCGCACAAAACGUCUCCUGCCUGAUCUACAAGGCGGACUUCAUGAACUGCACGUGGGACAAGGGCCCGGCCGCCCCUGAUAACGUCCAGUAUUCCCUGCACAUCCGGGACCUACGGUCGGGGAGCAAGAGGGAGUGUCCCCGUUACCUCGGAGACGCAGGGACCACCCACGUGGGCUGUCACCUCCAAGGAGCCUCGGCAUUCGGUUCCGAGAUCUACGUCCUCGUCAACGGCACCAGCCCCAGCGCGGGCAUCCAGUUCUUCGACGAUACGUUGAUGUUAAAGAAAAUCGAAAUCUACGACCCCCCCGACAACAUCACCAUCGAGUGCAACGCCUCGCACUGCGUCCUCCAGUGGGACACGCCACGGAUCCGCGUGUUCCUGUCCAACUGGGAGCUGCAGUACCAGCUGGACAUCCAGAGACAGAACAGUAUGCAGCCCAGUGACCAUCAACUGGUGGACAUAUCUGGUGGCUGGAGAAAUACAUACGUCUUUCAAAAGCCUCUGCCCAGAGCCAACCACGCCGUGAGAAUGCGGGCGGCCGACUCCCGGCUCCUGCAGUGGGGUCCGUGGAGCCAGCCGGUGGAGUUCGGCUCCGGGGAAUGGCUGUCCGGCGCGUUUUUCAUCUCCAUGGUCAUCCUGGGCACCCUCGCCUGCGUCCCCAUCUUCCUCUUCCUGUUUAAUAGGUUCGUCGGGGUGCCCAUUCCUAGAGUCAAAGAUAAAGUGAACAAUGACUAUCUCACCGACGAUGAGAUCAUCUGGGAGAAAUUCACCCCGGACACGGGGAAAGGGGACCACGAGGAGGUCUUUCACGUGGAAGAGAUCGAAGAAUCCACGGCCAAGGUGUGAAUGUCGGAGGGCGCCAGAUCCCGCGUCAUUCUGGAACGUGUACGGGUUUUUUCCGUGUUGUUCUCAUUGUUGUUUUUUGGAUUGUUUCUUUGUGUCCAUCCAAGGAUAUGUUUUCCAUUGACUUUUAUUUUUUUAAUUUAAAAGUAUUUUUUUAUUGAAUUUUUUUUUUUUUUUUUAGACAGAGAGGAAGGGAGUGGGGGAGAAACAUUGAUGAAAGAGCGAACUUGUAUGCAUAUUAAUGCAUAGGCAUAGACAAUAGUAUGGUGAAGGCCUGGGAGGGGUGGGGGCGGGAUGUAGGGGGGGAGCAAUGGAGAAAGGAAGGCAUGUAAUACCUUUUCAACAAUAAAGAUAAACUUUUUUUUUUUUAUUUUUUAUUUUAUUAUUUUUUUUUACUAGAGGCCCGACGCACGAAGAUUCGUGCACAAACGGGCCUUCCUUCCCCUGGCUACCGGCACCGCCCUCGCUCCGGCCGGAGCCACCUUUCUGUCUUCCCACGCUGCCCAGAGGCCCGGAGCGGCUGGGGCGGUGCGGGAUGCCUGCAUCGUCACCGUGGUGACCACGCAAGUGUCCCUCCCCGCCCCUGGCCGCUCGGUGCCUGUGUAUGCAAAUUAGCCCGCCAUCUUUGUUGGGUUAAUUUGCAUACUCUCUCCUGAUUGGCUGGUGGGCGUCACGCAGGUACAGUCAAUUAGCAUGUUACUCUUUUAUUAGGUAGAUUUUUUUUCUUUAUUGAUUAAGGUAUUACAUACGUGUCCUUAUUCUCCCCAUUGUCCCCCCACGACCCCCACUCAUACCCUCACCCCCCUGUUGUCUGUGUCCAUUGGUUAGGCCCAUAUGCAUGCAUUCAAGUCCUUUGGUUGAUCUCUCCCCCUUACCCCCACCCUCCCCUACCUCCCCUCUGAGGUUGGACGGUCUGAUCGAUGCUUCUCUGUCUCCGGAUCUGUUUUUGUUCAUCAGGUUAUAAUGUUCUUUAUUUUCCAUAAAUGAGUGAGAUCAUGUGA